AAUGCCAUACGUCGUCUGCAGUUUAUAACAAGCGUGUUGUCAGUGUCGCGUCUGUAUCUGCAGACCACGUAGAUAAUUUGUAACAAUCAUGAGAGCCUCGGCAAGAUACGUCCAUCAGUGGCAACAACGUAAUAGUCAGCUGAUGCAUCAUCAUGGAUGGGAAAGGCACACUCAUCAUAUUUCAAGGUUAAUCUCGCAGAGACGCCACAGUAGUAGCGAGAAGGAAAGUGGGAGUUCUGACCAGCCAACUGCCAAGAGGCAAGCCCAGGAGAAUGUUCAUCAUGGACAGAGGCUGGUGGACCACUACUCGUGGAUGCAGCAAUCUGGAAUAACUCCGGAUGUCAGAAGCUAUGUUGAUCAGGAAACAAGGUUGAUGGCAACAUUGAUGCAAGAGACCCAGUCCUUCCAGUCACAGAUCUUGAAACAACUUGAAGAAUUCAAGAAUAUCUACAAAACAAACGAGAUGCCAAUUGUGAUGAAUGGGACUGUGUACUUCCGGAGGUCAGACGGUGAUUCCUGGCAAUAUUACAGAAGAAGGUCUUCAGUGAAAAGUAAUGGCGGUGCUGCAGCAGAGCACAUUUUGGACACUGCUAUGCUCACAGAGAUGUACGGUCAUCCCGUUGCCCUAGCAACAAUGAAGAUAUCCCCAGACCAGAAGUACAUGGCGUUUGUCGUUGAAACGACAGCAGCGGAUACCUACGAUGCCCACAUUAUUGACAUGGGAAAGGAUGGAGUUGUGUUUGUUGACAGGCUGAACCACAUUUUAUCUGUUGAGUUUGCACACCACGGAGUCAUGUACUACACCAGGAUGAAGGGACUGAGAGCUGCCCAAGUCUGGAGGCAUCAAAUUGGUCAAAAUGUGUCCAAAGAUAAGAUGGUAGUGGAGGAACUUGAUGAACGAUUCUUCCUGGACUUGUCCCACACCAAGGACAGACUCUAUGUCACCGUCAACCAUAACUCUGCCACUACCUCUGAGGUCCGUUUGCUGGACAGCCGUCACCCAGAUCCCUCCCUCCCUGCUCCAGUUGUCCCCAGGCAAGCUGGUGUGCAGUACUUUGUGGAGCAUAGCCAGGGUGUGCUGUACAUCUUGACCAAUGCUGGCGAUGAGGAAUACAGACUAGUGGCCGUCCCAGUUUCAGAUGAUGGCUGCCUGAAAAGUUUGAGAUGGGCAGAUUGUUGCACGGUUUUCACACCAAUGAGCAGCUGGCACAUUCUCGAUAUGGAUGUGUUUACAGAUCACUGUGUGCUUUGUGCAGCAGAAGGUACCGUGCCAAGGAUCGUGGUAAUUCCCCUGGACUCCUGGAAACAACCCAACAGUGUUAAGGUGCCGGAGAACUUCUGCUGGCUAACUUCAGGGCCCAAUGCAACCUGCACAGCCACCGACUUCCAGUUUUCCCUGUCCUCUCCUGUCCAGCCGGCCACUAACUGCCAUCUCGCAAUUGGAAACAAAAGGCAUCCGAAGGUAGUACUUGGAACAGGCAGAGAUGGAAAAGUUAAAGAGGAUUCAGGAGUGUUCAUCAAAGGGAGUCCAAAAGAGAAAGUCUGUACAAGGCUGGAGGCAGUAAGCAAGGAUGGCACCCAUGUCCCUGUCACAGUCUUUCACAGGCAUGACAUAAGGUUUAGCAGUGAUAACCCCAUGCUGGUAUGCAGCUACGGUGCGUAUGGCGUGAGCCUAGAUAUGAGCUAUGAUCCCCACACUGCAUUACUGGUGGAGCUGGGCUGGGUGGUGGCUUACUGCCAUGUCAGAGGUGGCUCAGAUCUCGGAGUUCAGUGGCAUCAUUCUGGCAGAGCCCUCAACAAAAUCAAGGGCAUUGAGGAUUUGGAGGCCUGCAUAGCCACCCUCCAGCUAGCUGGUUACUCCCAGCCUACAAUUACUGCACUCCGUGGGGUCAGCGCUGGGGGUCUCGUGGUAGCCGCCCUCUGCAAUAGAGCACCACAGCUCAUCAAGGCAGCUGUACUGGAGGUUCCUUUCGUGGAUGUUUUGUCCACCAUGCUGGACCACGGUCUUCCCCUUACCCAGCAAGAGAUACAAGAAUGGGGAGAUCCUCUCCAUGAUGCGACAGCGUUUGAUUGCAUUAAGUCUUACUGCCCCUAUCAGAACAUCACAUGCCAAGACUAUCCAGCAAUGCUGAUCACCACUUCUCUGGAUGAUAGCAGAGUUCCUGCAUGGAUACCUCUCAAGUAUGCGGCCCAGCUGCGUCACAUGACAUCGUCAUCGUGUCCCACCCAAAUUUCCCUGUAUGUGUGGGUGCGGGAAGGAAGUGGCCACUUUGGUCAGUGGGGAGAUUUUGAUACAUCUGAGCAGGCUGCAGUCCAGACAGCAUUCCUGUACAAGUCAAUGGGACUCAACACAAAUUAAAGGAGAGAUUUCCGAGGACCACGCUAAGCUGCUGUAAGUUAGAAACCGCAGUUUCAAAGGUUCCAUGCAGAAAGUCAUGGUGGUGUUGUGCAGCCUAAUCACAGGUAAGAGUCAAGUUUGAGUUUGGGCCAAAUCAAAAUACAGCUAUGUUAAUGUACCUUAAAGAGCGAUGCACAAAAGUGAUGGGAAAACUGCUCUGAAGGAUCCAUGCCACAGAGAAAUUUUCUGCAUCACAACAAAUGGCUAACAUGUGCAUGGGGCCCAUUGCUCGUAUGUUUCAAAAGUGUCUCGGCUAGUUGCUAGUGCCUUCAACUGAUAUUUUGUCUGGCUAUGAGUGUGUUCUGUAUGAUAUAUAUACCAGGACUGAAUGCACCAGUGAUAUCUAUAAUCAACCACGUUGACUCUUUACUGUUCUUGUCUUGACGCCAUUACAAAACUGGGCAACUAGUGGUCAUCAGCAACUCCAUGAAUUAAGCUCAGAUGCAGUGGACAAAAUCAAUUCUGCUUUCAAAUAGCAUGCAAUGUAGCACACAAUGCAGAGAAAUGUGACUUAUGCCUCACAAACAUUGCAGGUUACGAGCUUAAAGGAUGAAACUUUCAACUUCUUGAGAGACAAUUAAGGUUGUGUAAAAAGAAAAUUUUUUCUCAUUGUAGGAGCAUUUGGUGGUUUGCUUCCCCUUCCACCUAAACACUCAUCCAUGUUGAAGUUCCAAACUAUGACACAAGUUUUUCAAAAGUUGGAGUAAGUGGAAUUUCUCCAGACUUGGCCAAAUCGACCAAACUCAAGGUAGAAUUUUCCAGGAUGGUAGCAGUGCUUGACAUUAAAAGGCUGUGUAGCCUGGCAAUUGCUCUAUGCAUGCGUAAGCAUGUACAUGUAUUUUCACUUUCUGUGGAAACACUUGUCGCAAACAAUAUCAAUGCACUACUGUAAUUCAUACUUUGGUAACUAAGGGGACUCCUCUUUUAAAACAGGUAAUAUUUAUUUUUAUAGUAUGUACAUGCAUAAACUAAAACAUAAUAAAGGCAAAGUGUUCAAAACUUAA